UUUUGGUCCAUUUUAGUUUGCAUUAGUCUUAUUUUUGUCUUUAAAAUUUUCUAUAUAUCAAUCCCCUGCUGGAUUUGGUCAACAACCCUCUACAGUAGUUUUCCAUUUUAUGUGGCCCAGAGGCCUACCAAAUCACUUGCACCCUAGUAGUUGGCAUUAAAAUAUCUUGCCUAAAAUUCAGGAGGUAGUACAAGAUUACAGCAGCAACCACAGGCAGCCCAAUCCUCCAUUAACGUGUGCAAUUUCCUUUUGAAACCAUCCAAAUUGGUCGAUACCACAUCUGACGGCAGCAAUUUAUAGCUUAAUUACAUUUUUCAAACCAUGCAUGAUUUUAUACACCUCAGUCCCAUCUCCCCACACUCACUUUCCUAUCAGGCUAAUAAAGCUUCCCCAGUUGUUUAAUCCGAGAAUGGGAAAGCCUUCAAACUUAUUGCAGAUGUGGGGAUCGUGCGUGGAACCAUAAUGCCCGGUCGGCAGAGUACAAUGCUCGUGUACGUUUUACAUUAUGUAGCUAGCUAUCAGUGGAAAAUGUCUUUAAUUUUAUGUGCGCGCGCACCCAUACGCUCUCACGCACACCAGCGUCGGCCCCUUGGAAUCCGGGAGUCGGGGCAUCCCUAACCACGCCGGGCCAGCCCGAAAGAGUGGGCCAGCCUUGGAAUGCUGGCCGGCUGCAAAACUCAACUGAUGGCGUCGUGGAACCGCGUUCUGACGACAAUCUAGAGCAGACUCCAGGCGCCUCCGUUCUUCCGCAGCUUCCGCAUUCUUUUCGUCGCCGCUGGAAAUCCUGGUCCGACGGCUGCUUUCCUGGAACCAAAUUCCUGCAGACGACGGCGUUCUUCUUGCUCGGAUGCCGGUGGCUUCCCCCCGCCUUGCGGAGCCCCCGUUUCCUUCCGCACGGAGGAGGCGCCUGGUGACACCCCAGGGCCACACGGGUGCGCGGCGCCGGGGGCGGAUCCCCCUCUGUUUGGGAAGGGAAGGGAAACCUUGGCGCGCUCCGCCUCCAGCUCCACCCGCGCGAGGCCGAGUGACUUUUCAGCCCGGCACGGAGCCCUGGGUGCGUUUCUCGUCGUAGGUUCCCGGUGGCCGCUGACGCGCUAAGCGUGAUGCCGAGGCGGCUCUCUGGAGCCGGGCCGCGGCACCUAAUGCCGCCCGCUUGCAUCGCCCGUGUGGCCGCCUUCCUGCUGCUGGUGCCGGUGCCCGGGGCGCGGAGCCUCGGCCUCUACUCGCCCGAUGACCCGCUGGUGCUGCUGGCGGCGGAUACGUUGGAACGCCACAUCUUCAAUUCCACCAGCGCGUGGGUGGUCGAGUUUUACGCCUCCUGGUGCGGCCACUGCAAAGCCUUUGCGCCCACUUGGAAGGCGCUGGCCAACGACGUGAAGGACUGGAGACCUGCUGUGAUGCUGGGAGUGAUAGACUGUGCUGAUUUUUCCAAUAAGAACAUCUGCUAUAAGUUUGGAAUAAACAGCUACCCUACUUUAAAGUUUUUCAAGACAUUCUCCAAGAAUCCUGAGGAUGGUAUACAAUUCAGCAAUCAUGAAAAAACCGUCCAGGCCCUAAGAGAGACCAUAAUCACCUCAGUGGAGCGUCAAGAAGACGUGCGGCCUUCUGCCAGCCCACCGUUGCGGCCAGCAAGCAUGGGAGAACUUCGUGACUUCUUUCUGAGAAACAACGUGACUUAUUUGGCCGUGAUAUUUGAAAAGGAUGACUCCUUUUUGAGCAGAGAGGUAGCAUUGGAUAUGCUUCAGUUUGAGAACAUUGCAGUAAGGCGAGUCCUGCAGAGCAAUGAAGAGCUAGUGAGACAGUUCAACAUCACUACCUUCCCAUCUGGCCUCCUCGUGAUCAACAAUGGUUCUUGCAGCAGCAUCCCUGGGCAUGCUGAUUGGAGAUCCCAGUAUACUAAAUUCCUGCGGAACUUACCUGGGGUGUUUAGAGGAAAUGUUUUCAUACCAACGGUGCUACCCACUGCACAGCCAACAACAGCCCUUGCAUUAUGGAAGGUGGUAGACAAGAGAAAAUUAUACAUGGCUGAUUUAGAAUCUGCAGUGCUUUUCACCCUAAGGAUAGAGGCUGCAGUAUUCCCCUACCUUAGGGGACAGCGACUCUCUGCUUUGAAGGACUAUGUGUCUGUUUUGGUCGAGCAUUUUGCUGGGCGGUCGGUAGUCAAGAAUUACCUUCGCAACCUGGAUUUGUGGCUGAGACCAAAGAAAAAAGUUUUGCAGAGUGAGUGGGAGGAAGCUCUAAGGAAUAAAAAGGAGUUUCCAAAUGCCACAUUAUCUGAGAGACCUUUCUGGGUAGGAUGUCAAGGAAGCACACCUAAUUUCCGAGGCUUUCCGUGUGGACUCUGGACUCUCUUUCAUCACCUGACUGUGCAGGCAGCAUGUCAAAACCAGUCUGUUUCUGCUUCCUCAGAUACACCUGAAGUCCUUCCUACAAUGAGAAGAUACGUCCGCUAUUUCUUUGGCUGCAGGAUGUGUGCAGAACACUUUGAAAACAUGGCAGCUGAGUCUAUGCAUGAAGUGCGGACCAGAAAUCAGGCUGUCCUGUGGCUUUGGUCAAGGCAUAACAGAGUUAAUGCUCGCUUAGCAGGUACACCAAGUGAUGAUCCCAAAUUUCCCAAGAUCCAGUGGCCUCCCAAAGACUUGUGUCCAUCAUGCCGUUAUACCCAAACUGAAGGGUCUUUGCGGAAUGAAGAAAAGCCUACGUGGGAUAAGGAUGCUGUCCUGCUGUUUCUCAAAAGGCACUUUUCUGAAAAAAAUAUUUUCAUGGAAUAUUUCAUGGAGCAUCGAACAAGGAAUGGUCGAAAUGUUGCUCAGCAAAAUUAUGAAGCUGAGUGGAAGCUAGAAGCGGAAAGAAGAGGAGAAGAGAAUGGCCAAGGCAGUCAAAAGGAACUAGAGGAAGACAAGAAGACAGAACAGCCAGAGAUUGGGAAAGUGGAAGAAAAGAAAUAUGCCUUGGGAAAACCUGGUUCUCCAGAGCCGCAUAAACCAAGUAUUGUCAAGAUGAGCACAAAGGCAAAAGAAAUGGUGGAAGAUAUUGUUGAUCUUGAUACAUUUAGCGAGCAGCAUUUUAAGAGCAAAGCCUUGAAGAUGGCAAGGCAGAUUAGCAUCAGACAGAGGCGGAGUAAGAGGGACACUGGGCUGUUCCUAAUGGAGAAUGAGGGCCGCCACUCACUUGAUUAUAUUAGAGAGUCCCUGAGGCAUAAGAACUUGGGAGUCCAGUUCUCUGGCAUACAAGUGGAAGACGUCAAAAAGAAGAAUUCUUUGAGGGAAAACCAGUGGAUCCACAUCCUGGGAAUGGGUUUCUCCCGAUUGGAUGUUAGCUUGUGUAUUCUCUUGUACUUGCUUUCUUCUGUGUGCCUGUUGGGCAUGUACACCUUCUUCCGCAUGCGCAUGAGUUACCGCAAGGGCCGGUCAGGCUACCCAUUGACCUGAAAUUGAAGCAGAAUUGCAGCAGCCAGUGGGUAAUGGAAGGGUUGUGUGCAUAUCAGCUUGUUGUGGUGAUUUCUCACUAAACUAACAAUUCCUAUCCUGAAUAUACACAGAUACAAAAAUACACAGAUAUGUCAGUUGUGAAGGGUGCAGAUUGGUGGAGUAUGCUAUUGGACCUUCUAAAAUGCAUGGAAAUUGCUACUUCUAUGUAUGAAAGAUUAUCUAGCAAAAGGACAGGCCUGUUUUGUCACAGUUGCUACAUAAUUAGUAUAUAUUUGUACCAGAAUAAAAUAGUUGAGUUUAGUGCCAAAAGGGGAGUGGGUUCAUAUUUCAGAGUAUAUGGUGACAGGUUGAUUGUCUGAGGAAUCAGGGGACUCUAAAAUGUUUUGGCUUUUGUGGGGGGGAGGAUUAGUUAGCUGAAAGGAUUUAGAUCUUCUUAGAUAAAUGUAGUAGGGUCCUCUUCAACAAUCAGAGCAUAACACAACUACUUUUUUUUUUUUUUUU